ACUUAUCCUCUUUCCCUCACUGGUGAGCCUAAGAGAACCUCAAAACUAGUAUCAUCGUUCAAUCGUUGUCUCGGGGUCCUCCGAAUCAGUGUCCACAAAUAACAUUUGAGGAAUUUACAAGAUUCGUUCGUAAUCGACGACCCACCACCGAUUGGUCAAAAAGAUUGAAUUGAACCAACGUGCUCAAAGGAAACCAAAGUCCAAGACUUUGAACGGAUUUGAGUGUGUGACAGAGAGACACAAAAGAUGCUGAAGAGCGAGCCAUCUCUCUCGAUUUACUGCGAUUCUGGAGAUGGGUUCAAAAGUGAAGAUCCGGUAGCUGAAAUCGAGAAGAAUUUGAAGAGAACUGUUUCGAUUGGUGAUUCGGUUGACGCCGACUUCAGUUUCGCGAAGCACAAAAUCGAUAUCUUAUCGGUCAAGGAAGAAGACAGUGAAGGUGAGAGAGGAGAUAGAGGGAAAGGGGUUUUUGAUAGAGAUGAAGAGGUUAUUAAGAAGCUAGGGACUGGUGAGAGCAGAGAUGAUGAACAAAGUUUUGAGAUUGAACGACCACCAAGUCCUCCUAUGCAUUUAGCUGCAGGGCUAGGGAUUGAUAAGUUCGAUUUGUAUGGUGAUGAGAUCAAAUUCGAUUUACCGAGUUUUGAUGAUGACAACUGUGGUGAUUACUACAAAAGAAUGAUCGAGGAGUAUCCAUUGCAUCCUUUGCUUCUCAAAAACUAUGCCGAGUUCUUAGAGUACAAAGGAGAUCUUAAUGGGGCAGCAGAGUAUUAUCAUAAGUGUACUGUAGUUGAGCCUAGUGAUGGUGUAGCCUUAGCAAACUAUGGUAGAUUAGUGAUGAAACUUCACCAGGACGAAGCUAAAGCCUCAAGCUACUUUGAACGCGCUGUUCUAGCAUCUCCUAAGGAUAGUAAUGUUCUUGCAGCAUAUGCUAGUUUCCUCUGGGAGAUAAACACUGAGGAUGACGAUGAUGAUGAUGACUCUUUUGGAGGCCUAACCCGUCAAGGAAAAGAAGACUUUGAGCCCGAAGCAGGGGGAAACCGCAGCUCAAGGUUGUCUGAAACAGAAGAUGGAGAAACACUAUGCAGAUAUGCGAAAGCGUUUUGGAGUAUUAAUCGUGACCAAGAGAAGGCCUUGUUCUAUUUCGAGAAGGCCGUUGAAGCCUCUCCAAAUGACAGCAUUAUACUUGGAGACUAUGCUCGGUUCCUGUGGGAAAUAGAAGAAUGAUGGUCAUCAAGAAGAAGAAAGAGAUGUCUCUAGAGUGAGGAAAAAAAUCCCAGGUUCAGAAGAUCUCUCCUUCAGAAAGAAAAAGCUAUUGUUAUAUUAGCUUUAUGCAGCUUCACUCAUUUCCGUUAUGUCUUGUAUCCUCAGAAUUGACAGAAUCUCUUUCAAAAAACCCUUUUUAAAUCUAUAUCGCAGAAUCGAAUGUGUAAUAUAAAUGCUUCUUCAUAC